CGUCAAAGCAUGGGGAAGAGGCUGAAGCGAACCGCGAGCCAGCGAGGCGACGCCCAAUCGUCUUCUGAGGAGCAGCAGCCGCAGCAGCAAUCCACCAAGACGACGACGACUGCCCGGGCGAACAAGCGCGUCAAGGCCGCGAAGCCGGAGGCCGAGCCGGAGUUCUUCAAGGAUAAGCGCAACUUGGAAGAUUUGUGGAAAGCUGUCUUUCCUGUGGGCACAGAGUGGGAUCAAUUGGACAGAGUCUAUCAAAUGAACUGGGAUUUCUCAAAUCUUGAAAAUGCUUUUGAGGAGGGUGGAAAGCUGUAUGGCGAGAAGGUUUAUCUCUUUGGAUGUACAGAACCUCAGUUGGUCUUUUUUAAGGGCGAGCGCAAGAUUAUGUAUAUCCCUGCUGUUGUGGCUGUUGUAUCUCCUUUUCCACCAUCUGAUAAGAUUGGAAUUACAUCAGUCCAAAGGGAGUCUGAAGAAAUAAUUCCAAUGAAGCAGAUGAAAAUGGAUUGGGUCCCAUAUAUUCCUUUGGAGAAUAGAGACAGUCAAGUUGAUAGGUUGAAAUCUCCAAUAUUUAUAUUGAGCUGCACUCAGCGAAGGGCUGCUUUGAAGCAUUUGAAGAUAGACCGGGUUAAGAAAUAUGAGUACUGCCUACCUUAUUUUUAUCAGCCAUUCAAGGAGGACGAGUUUGAACAGAGCACCAGUAUUUCAAUUAUGUAUCCAGUGGAACCACCGUUUUUUUGCGAAUUUGACUGGGAGGUGGGUGGACUUGAGGAUUUAACUGAUAAUUUAAUUGAAGAGCGGUAUCUGACCGAAGAUCAAAAGGAUGAUUUCAAGGACCACGUGAAGAAGACAGUUAGAGAGGCAAAGAAAGCUAAUAGAGAGGCAAGGGAGGCUCGCAAAAAGGCCAUUGAAGAAAUGAGUGAGGAAACUAAGUCCGCAUUCCAAUCAAUGAAGUUCUAUAAAUUUUAUCCUGUGCAAACACCAGAUACCCCAGAUCUAUCCAAUUCUAAGGUUCCUUUCAUAAACAGAUACUAUGGAAAAGCACGUGAAGUUCUCUGAUGCUAUCUAUCCGCAAUGCGGGGGUCCGGCCUCGAGACUUUCUGCAUUUCAAUU